AUGCCGGGUCCUCCACCUCCGUCCAAGUCGUAUCUGCUCAAGAUUAUCGACAGCAGCGACGAGGAAGACGAAGAAGAGGUGGCACAGUAUGAUUACAUUGAUGACAGUGAAGAAGAAUCCAUGAAUGCCGACGCCAGCACGACGACCACCGAGGCCAGUACUGCUACGACAUGUAGUAGUAGUGAAGCCGCUCCUGCCAAAAAGCGCAAAAAGAAGAAGAAGAAAAAGAAGAAGAAAAAGAACAAGUCUCCUGCUGCAGCAGCAUGUACUACAGAAGAAGAUACGACCAUGACCGAGACAACAACCAAAAAGACGGUGUCGUUUGGAUCGGUGACGGCGCAUUCGUUUGAACGAGUCUUGGGCACGGAUGUCGUUCCUUACGAUGGAGGAUGGCCACUAGGAUUGGGCGAUGUCCUUGUCGGGGAAGUAGAAUCCACUCCCGUCGACGACUACGAGACUACCAAACAAGAGCGAUUGAGAAUACGAGCGCAACAAAUAGAGGGAGUCUCGACUACUACUACUGAUGGCGAAGUAUUGGAAACACGACAAUGGGAUUACAAGUACAAGGCCAAGAAUCCACUCUUUCAUUUGUUGCAAGAAGAACAGCGCAUGAAUAUUCUGUUGCUCUCCUCCACCCCAGAAGAUGAAAUCAUGGAAAAUUCGUCCUCCCAUCAUGGCAUUCGACGCGAACGAUCCAACUCCACUACGAGUACUGGUACUUCUUCUACUAGCGCUAGUAGUAGUAGUAAGAGCAAUAAAAGACGCGACAGCAAGAACAAGAAUGGAAAACACAAUUCACAGCAUCCCAUGGCGACACGCGGCAGCAGCAAACGAGAACGAUCGGGAUCUUUUUCCUCUGCCAACAAUAGCAAUCAAAAAGUCGAACGCUACAACGAGACAUUUCCACAAGUCUUGGUUCAUCACGUCCGCAACGAAUUGGAAGAAUUGCGAUUCCAACGCGGUGGCGUUGGCCAUGCCGGUUGUACGUGCCGCAAAUUGGAUGUCUACCUUUUGCCACCCAAUGCCGGUAAAAAGGCGCAUCAUCGGCGCAUGAAUGUCAAACGCGUCAAGGACGAAUUGAAAAAACGACAUUUGUUGCCGGAUGCCCAAACGACCCGCGACGAACUCGAGCUGUUAUUGCAUCGUGCCGUCGAAGAAGAAGCGUGUUGUAGCAAUCAAGAGUGUCCUUGUGUGAGGAAUGGAAUUGAAUGUCAAGCCGAUGUUUGUGCCUGUUGGCACGACAGUCAUCAAGCCAAACAGCAAGAAAAUAGCAACACCAGCAACAACAACACCACGAAAAUGAAUGAUGAUAUUCCCGUGGAGCAAAUACAAGAACGAUGUGGCAAUGCGAAUGGCAUGUAUACCGUCGACUUGCAAGCCAUUCAAGGAUUUCGUCGACAGCUUUUGGAAAAAACAAACAUGGACUCGUCGUUCUUUAUUUGUCCCCCCGUGAGCCAGCAUACGCCAAUACCACAGUCGUAAGCAAGAGCGUUUUGCAAACGAAUGGCUGACCACAAACCAUUUGGACGAUAAGCACUCUUAGCACAUUUGAGACUCGUUCUUGAGUCACGCGAGUAAAGAAUAGCAAUAGUAACAAACUAAGACAUGGCUCUGGUUU